AUGACUUCUGCCCAUCCGGGAGCAAGUUUAACAGCUACUCCAUUUGUGGAUAAAAUUGAUCCUUUUAAAAAAGGAUCUUUGAAAAGAAAACCAAAGAAAUCUCAAGGAUCUUCUAGGUAUAGGUCUACGAAUGAUGUUGAACUUCAAGCUUUACCUCUGCUCAAGGAUAAGACCAUGUACUUGGAAGUUAACACUGCAGAUAUAAAAGACUUGCUAGACCAUAAAAAUGAGCUCAAACAAGAAAGAACUGAGAUAGCUUCAGAAGUAGCAACAAAAGGUAACUGUGGAGAAAGUGUCUUCAUAGGAAAAGGAGAUGAACCCAAUUGUUUGAUCUGUGAAAUUUCUGCAAAAUAG